AUGAGACCAUUCCAAAUAAAAAACACUGGUGCUCCAAAUACAUUAGGGCAAGAAAAAGAAAAGAAUAAAGAUCCAGUAGGAAAAUAAUAUUAUGAAGAAUUCAAUAAUAAAGACAGGGGAGAAAAUGUAGCAAAAAUAGAAGACAAAAUUAAACCAAAUUAAAAGUUUAAAUCCUUCAUUAACUAAAAAUUUAAACCUAAUUAUAAUCAAGGUAAGUUUGAAAGACUUAAUAUUAAUAAAAGUUUGACGAAGUAAAAUUUCUAUUCGUAGGGAGAAUUAUUGGAUUAAACCUGGGUGAUAAUAAAAUUAUCCACCAACUAACAAGUUGAUAUAUAAUAAUGA